AGAGCUUUGCCUUUCUGCAGCCAGCUCGCCCUGACAGCCAGCACUGGCGCAGAGUCUCACCGCCAACCGUUACCAUAUUUUUCUGCUUCUUUCCCCCAUCUUUCCCACCCAUACUUCACACAUCAUUCUGCGGGGACAAGCGUCGGAGUGGCCUCGUCUAGAAUGGGCAACCGAGACGAUGAAUACGAUUUCUUGUUCAAAGUUGUGUUGAUUGGGGAUUCGGGUGUCGGAAAGAGCAACCUGCUCUCUCGAUUCACAAGGAAUGAGUUCAACCUGGAGAGCAAAAGCACCAUUGGCGUGGAGUUUGCAACACGCAGCAUUCAGGUGGAUGGCAAGACGAUAAAGGCACAGAUCUGGGACACAGCGGGACAGGAACGCUACAGAGCCAUCACGUCGGCUUACUACAGAGGAGCAGUGGGGGCGCUCCUAGUGUACGACAUAGCCAAGCACCUGACCUAUGAGAAUGUGGAGCGUUGGCUGAAGGAGCUCAGGGACCACGCUGACAACAACAUUGUCAUCAUGCUGGUCGGGAACAAAAGCGACUUGCGCCACCUCAGGGCCGUGCCUACAGACGAGGCCCGAGCCUUCGCAGAAAAAAACAACUUGUCGUUCAUUGAAACGUCAGCCUUGGACUCAACAAAUGUUGAAGAAGCCUUUAAGAAUAUCCUUACAGAAAUCUACCGUAUCGUAUCGCAGAAACAGAUUGCAGAGCGAUCUGCCCACGACGAGUCCCCAGGAAACAAUGUGGUUGACAUCAGUGUGCCCCCAACCACGGACGGCCAGAGGGGGAGCAAGCUGCAGUGCUGUCAGAACCUGUAACAUAUGGCAACUGUGCAUCACACCUUUAAAGUGGAUUAUGAAUUGGAAUCCAGUGCUGAUAUGCUUGUGUCUGCCUGGGAGGGGCACCGUAGUCUGAAUCAGCGCUUUGUAGAUCCGGGAAACCGGUUCAUGAUGCCACAGAAGGAAUUGAUUUCAAGUAGUAAUCUGACCCAGUUUCAGCCUGCUACAAUCUAGUGCAAAAACUGGACUGCUGCUACAACACAAGUAACUGUGACUUAGCAAUGAUUGUGUAGUAAAGUCAACAGUACAGUCUCUCCGCUUGAUAAGUUUGAGUAGUACCAGCAAUCCUGUUUUUGGACUCCACUCCUUGUUCACUCAUCAUCUCAAAAAGUGGUAGUAAUGCUGCUGAUGCUUAUUUCCUGUAAAAUAUAUUGGGUUUUUUUUUUGUUUAUUUUGAUAGCGUGUCUGCUCACAUACAUUAUAUUAAUGCCAUGAAAAUAAAUUUUACAGUAUUAUGA